GUCAUCGAACUAUUUACGCUUUAGAAAAAAUACUCUUCUUCUAAUAUUUGCUGUUCUAGGUUACUUUGUAACGCGUUACGUUAUAUUGCACCUGGGGGCUCCGUAAUAUUGUACUAAUAGUUCUUUUAAUUUCAUGUCGUAUUUAUUCACAACACGUAACUAUUUGCAGUAAUGGAACAAAUGUAACGUUGCGCUCACUAGAUACUCCGGGCCGGUAGGUGGUGGUAACCAAUUUUACGUGCAUGGCAUGACAUGAAACGAAGGAGAAGAGGACUUUCUGUUAUUAGUGAAUCAAACUAUUUUUAAAAAAAUUAUUAUUAUUAAACCGUCUUGUUAGAUGGAGUCUUCCGCAGUCACUUGUCCAUUUAAAGUCAUUGUAAAUAUCCGUUAGCAAAUAGCAUGUUCCCUUCCAAAGUGAAUAGGCUCAUCCAGAGGUUGCUGCUGUCAUUUAAACGGCAUCGGUAUGGCGACGCUGCCAUGGGGAAAAGCUCCUCCGACUCCUGCUCCUCCCAGCUGGUUUUGGGCAUCGAGACGAGCUGCGACGACACCGCAGCCGCCGUCCUCAGCGAGACGGGCGCGAUACUGGGAGAGUCCCUUCACUCCCAGAAAGAGGUCCACCUCAGGACUGGCGGCAUCAUCCCCGUUGUGGCCCAGCAGCUCCACAGGGAACACAUCGAGCGCGUAGUCCAGGAGGCGUUGGACCAGAGUGGCGUGGACCCGGCUCAGCUGUCGGCCGUGGCCGCCACUGUCAAGCCGGGCCUGGCCCUGAGCUUGGCCGUGGGUUUGGAGUUCAGCCAGAGUUUUGUGAGGCGGCACUGCACGCCCUUCAUCCCCGUCCACCACAUGGAGGCCCACGCCCUGACCAUCCGCAUGCUCCAUGCUGUUUCCUUCCCCUUCCUGGUGCUGCUGGUGUCGGGCGGUCACUCGCUGCUCGCCGUGGCUCGCGGCGUGGACGAUUUCAUUCAGCUGGGUCGCACUCUGGACGAAGCUCCAGGUGAUGCUCUAGAUAAGGUGGCAAGACGUCUGUCACUCAUCAAGCACCCGCGUUGCUCCACGCUGAGCGGAGGACAGGCCAUAGAGCUGCUGGCUAAGGACGGCGACCGGAUGAGGUUUCCUUUCAAGACGCCCAUGGGACAAACGUACGACUGCUGCUUCUCUUUUGCCGGGCUACGAAAUCAAGUUAACAUGACCAUAGAGAAAAAAGAAGCAGAGGAAGGUAUUGAACGUGGAACUCUGCUCUCCUGCGUGAACGACAUAGCAGCAGCGACACAACACACGGUCGCGUGUCAUCUGGCCAAGCGGACGCAUCGCGCCAUCUUGUUCUGUAAGGCCAAUGGACUGCUGCCCUCGCUCACGCCCACACUGGUUGUGUCUGGAGGCGUGGCGAGCAAUCAGUACAUCCGCAAAGCUCUGGGCGUCAUCGCCGAGGCAACCGGCCUUCGCCUGCUCUGUCCUCCUGCCAAAUUCUGCACCGACAACGGCGUGAUGAUUGCGUGGAACGGUGUUGAGCGACUCAGGGAAAGGAAGGGAGUACUACAUCCAAACGUGGACGUCACUUACGAACCCAAAGCACCACUGGGCGUCGACCUAACGUCACAAGUGAAGGCGGCGGCUAUCAGGGUGCCGUCAAUCCGGAUGAACAUCUCAUAGACUAUGAGAACAUCACCAGGAUCAAUAGCGUGGAUAUAAGAGGGCUUCAAAUAAAAUGUCCCAAAAAAUAGAUUUAAACACAAUUCUUAAUUAAGGGGAUGUUACUUGAGGAAAUCAUGACAUCUGAAGGACGUUUGCCAGGUUUGUCCUGUCGUGACAGAUUCACUCUACAAACCACAUGGGGACAUGAUGUCAUUUCAACACAAAUUGUCAGAUUUUAUUUGAUUUCUCUUUCUUGACUGCAUUAAAAUGUACACAGAUCUCAACUGCAGAUUUUGAAAUCAGUUCAAUUCCAACAUCUGUCACCUUUUUCCCCAAUUAACCCUCAACAUCCAUUGAUCCAUUUUGAACACCGCUUAUCCUCGUUAGGGUCGCAGGGCGCUGGAGCCUAUCCUAGCAGACUUUGGGUGAAAGGCCGACUACACCCUGAACUGGUCGCCAGUCAGUCGCAUGGCACAUAUAGACACGGACAAACAUUCGCACUCACAUUCACACAGUCACUGAGUGGGAACUGAACCCAUGCACCAAAGUCAGGCGAGUACCACUACACCACCACUGUACCACUACACCAUCAGUGACUCAACUCUCACAUAGUAAAUGGUCCAUUUCACAUAUAGUAAUUGUAAUACAAUGGUUAGUAGUGGAGUUCAUUGUUAACGCCACUGCUAACAAUAAUGCAAAAACAUGAUACAAGAUAAAAACAUGUUUAUUGGGAUUUUGUUUCCCCCAUUUCUGACACUUUUGGACAAUUAAACACAACUGGUUCAGAUUUACCCUGCGACAUAAUUGCUGUUCCUGAGACACAAA